AAAAAAUUGUCCAGAAAUUGAAAUUUUCUCAGUCUCACUGUAAACACGAGCAGCACAGAAACAGUGUUUCCUUAGAAACCCCAAAGUAGACUUUUUGUGGCACUGGAGCUCUGUAACUUCCAAACUCAUUGAGAAAGAGAGGAAAAAAAAAAAAAAAAAAAUAAAAGAUCACCCUUUUUGCUCCAGAUAAAGCUCUACACCAGUAAAAAUCUUAUCUUUCUCUGUUUCUUAAUCGGAUUGAUGUCUUUGGAGAGGUGGAUAAACAUGUUUAGAUCCUAAAUGUUCUUUUCUGAUUAUUAUUGCAUAGUUUAUUUCCAGAAAUCAAGAUGAAAAUUGAAGUUCUUGUUUUGCCGAGUUUGUUGGGUGUUUAGGUUGGGAAUCUUUUGAUUGCUGAGAAAAAAAAGAUAAUAAAUAAAAAGAAAUAAGGGGUUUGAAAAUGGAAGGGUUUGAUAAAAGUAGGGUUUUGGAUGUUAAACCUCUGAGAUGUUUGAAGCCAGUAUUCCCAAAUGCCUCUCAAGGACCACCCUCAGCUCCCCACGGUUUUGCUCCCUUUUACCCUUUUAGUGCACCACAGGGCUCUAGAAACCCACCUGAUCUCAAUGAAGAAAAUCCUCCACCGCCUAUGCAUCCUACUUUUGGUCCCAUACCAGCUCCCAUUCGGUCGUAUAGGAACCCAAAUCACUUUCCAGAGGGGUUGAAUGGUGAUGUAGACUCAACAAUGGAUACAAAUGGGGAUGCUGGUUUCCUGUUUGCCCGGCGACCUUCGAAUGCGAAGGGAUCUGUUGGGAAUGAUAAUGGGUCUUCACAAGGUUCUGGUUCCUCUCGAAGGAAGCCAAAGAAGAAGCGUGAAGACUCCGAGUCUGGAACACUCAUUGACUUGAGUAAAGGGGGGGCUAGCUCUGAAUUUCCUGUUUGUAUCAGUCCAUUUAAUCGAGAAGAUGGUAAUAGGGAAAUGGUUAAUUAUGUGAUGCUGACAUUUGAUGCCGUUCGUAGACGGCUCAGCCAAAUUGAAGAUACCAAGCAAUCUACCAAUGCGGUUAUCAAGCGUCCAGAUUUGAAAGCUGGCAAUAUUUUGAUGACCAAAAAGGUUCGAACAAACAUGAAUAAGAGAAUUGGAGCUGUGCCUGGAGUUGAGAUUGGUGACAUUUUCUUCUUCCGAAUGGAGAUGUGUGUGGUGGGAUUACAUGCUCCAUCGAUGGCUGGAAUAGACUACAUGAGUCUCAAAGGAGAUUUGCAAGAAGACCCUGUGGCUUUGAGCAUUGUUUCAUCAGGAGGGUAUGAUGAUGAUGUAGAGGAUAGUGAUGUCUUGAUUUAUAGUGGUCAUGGUGGAAUGAGCAGCGGUAAAGAGAAACAGGCGGCUGAUCAGAAGCUUGAAAGGGGUAAUCUUGCUUUGGAAACUAGCUUGCAUCGUGCCAAUGAAGUUAGAGUAAUUCGGGGUAUGAAGGAUUUUAAUAGUGCAACAACAAAGAUCUAUAUCUAUGAUGGCCUAUACAAAGUCAAAGAAUCAUGGGUAGAGAAGGGGAAAUCGGGUUGCAACAUGUUCAAGUACAAAUUGGAAAGAAUUCCUGGGCAGCCUGGUGCCUUUACAGUUUGGAGGUCAAUUCAAAAAUGGAAGGAAGGUCUCUCAUCGAGACAUGGAGUUGUUCUGCAGGACAUAACUUCAGGGUCUGAAAGUAUACCUGUUUCGCUUGUAAAUGAUGUCGACAAUGAGAAGGGGCCUGCAUAUUUUACAUAUUUCCCUACUAUCAAGUAUCCUGUAUCAUUCAAUUUAGUACACACUUCCUAUGGCUGCAAUUGCAAUAGUGCAUGCGUCCCGAACGAUCUGAGUUGCUCAUGCAUUCAGAACAGUGGAGGUGAUUUUCCAUUUACUGCCAAUGGGAUUCUAGUGAGUCGGAAGCCAUUGAUACAUGAAUGUGGUCCUUCAUGUCGAUGCUUUCCAAACUGCAAAAAUCGAGUUUCGCAGAGUGGUGUAAAGAUCCACUUAGAAGUGUUUAAAACAAAGGAUAGGGGCUGGGGCUUGCGGUCAUUGGAUCCUCUCCGUGCUGGUAGUUUUAUUUGUGAGUAUGCCGGUGAAGUAAUAGACAAAUUUAAGCUGAUGCAAAAUAGGGAGGAAAUUGAAAAUGAUGAAUAUGUUUUUGAUACAUCCCGUGUUUGUGAUUCAUUCAAGUGGAAUUACGAACCUGCUUUACUGGGAGAGGAGAGUUCUAAUGAUGCAAAUGAGGAUUACAUAAUUCCAUCUCGGCUGGUUAUUAGUUCCAAGAAUGUUGGAAAUGUUGCGAGGUUCAUAAAUCAUAGUUGCUCACCAAAUAUUUUCUGGCAACCUAUUCUGUACGAGCACAACAACCAGUCCUCUAUCCAUAUUGCGUUUUUUGCAAUCAGGCACAUCCCUCCUAUGACAGAGUUGACUUAUGAUUAUGGUGUUUCCUCCUCUAGCGAAGCUGACAAUAGCAAUCCAUUUCGUUGGAAAAAGAAAUGUCUUUGUGGAUCUUCAAAAUGCCGGGGUCAUUUGACCUGAUCCUCGAGGUACUUGUACAAUCAAAUAAGCAUGGUGCAAUUGAACAUGAUCAUGACAUAACAUGCUUAUUCGCUUAUGUAGGCUUGUAAAGCAAAAUUUGAAAGUUCUAUUUUUGCCUUCUAAUCUUUCUAUUUAAUGUAUCUGCAUAUCUUGCGUACGGAAAAAUCAUCUCUGUUUGAUA